AUGAAGCUCCUUAUUGUACUCAGUGUCCUGCUUGCAGUCUCCAGUGCCGAGAUCCUUUCACGAUGUCAAGUUGUUAAAGCUAUCAAGGACUCUGUACUGACAAAAUUCACCCACUACAGCGUGGCAGACUGGGUGUGCUUGGCUGACCACGUGAGUCAAUACAACACAAUGGAAAUCGGUCAUGAAACACGGAAUGGAGAGGCCUGGGCAUCACAAUAUGGGAUCUUUCAGAUCAGUAGCAAGUGGUGGUGUGAUGAUGGAAAAACUCCAAACGCAGAAAACGGCUGUGGGAUCAAAUGUACUGAACUAUUGAGUAAUAAUUUGAAUCCUGACAUUGAGUGUGCUGCAAAAAUAGUGGCUUCAAAAGGAAUGGAGGCCUGGAGCAGCUGGGUCGAAAACUGCAAAGGUAAAUGGAUCAAGUAUUACACCUACUUUUGCUUCUGA